GGAAACCGGAAGGCGGAAGGGGGGCUGUGAGGACGUGUUCGAGAAAGCCAGAGCCCGAGCCGGCGGGGCCGGCGUUAUGGAACCGCUAUACCAGCAAACGCACAAGCAGGUCCACGAGAUCCAGUCUCACAUGGGACGCCUGGAGACUGCAGACAAGCAGUCUCUGCACUUAUUAGAAAAUGAAAUCCAAGCAAGCAUAGACCAGAUAUUCAGCCGUCUAGAACGUCUGGAGAUUUUGUCCAGCAAGGAGCCCCCUAACAAAAGGCAGAAUGCCAAACUUCGUGUUGACCAGUUGAAGUAUGAUGUUCAGCACCUGCAGACUGCUCUCAGAAUCUUCCAGCAUCGGCGCUACGCAAAUGAGGAACAGGAAAGACAGCGAGAAGAGCUAAUGUCUCGCACCUUCACCGCUAAUGACUCUGACACCACCAUACCAAUGGAUGAAUCACUGCAGUUUAACUCCUCCCUCCAGAAAAUUCACAACGGCAUGGAUGACCUCAUUGGAGGCGGGCACAGUAUUCUGGAGGGACUGAGGGCCCAGAGACUGACCUUGAAGGGGACUCAGAAGAAGAUCCUUGACAUUGCCAACAUGCUGGGUUUGUCCAACACGGUGAUGCGGCUCAUCGAGAAACGGGCUUUCCAGGACAAGUACUUCAUGAUCGGUGGAAUGCUGCUUACCUGUGUGAUCAUGUUCCUGGUGGUGCAGUACCUGACAUGAGGACAUGAGCCAGCCAAGCCCAGCAGCUGAAUGAGUUCCUACUGCGCGAGAGUGUGUGUGUGUGUGUGCAUGAGAGAGAGGAGGGCCCAGAGGCCAUCAAAUGUCUGCCCAUCUUAACUGUGAAGACCACUCGGGAGUAAUUGUGAUCUAGUUUCAAACCUGCUCUGAUUUCAGUGACAUCUUGGAGGGGAGCUAGUGCCACCAAGAUAUGUGGUACUUAGGAACUGAAAACUGUUCUCCCUCCGUCACCCUCUCCCUCUUACUGGGGGAGGAAGGAAUGGCUUUGUCCUUAUAGCAACUGCUGUGUACCCUGGGAAGGCUUCCAGGGUGGGCCUUGCAGGUAGGACAGUCCACAGUGCUCAUACCUUGGCAUCGUUGACCUUUCUGGUUCCCGAUGUCAAGACUGGAGCAAAGGCAAACGGGAGAGGAAAGAGGCCUUGUGCACCCAGUAUAGUAGAUCAUCACUUCCAUCCCUCUAGUCACCUCCUGACCCACCAAAAACGACAUGUACGUGGCUGAUACUACUCGUUCUCUCUCCCUGGAAGCAGCUACCUAGGGGAACCAGUGGCAUUGAAGCUGUUAAUGAUAACAAGUGAGAUUUUCCACACUACAGUUUUUGGGUGUUUUUCCUUUCUGAAGUGAGGCCAGUGUUAUUCUCGGGGAGUAUUCAGUCCUGAGACUGAGGAUUCUAGUCACUGAUUUUUUUUUCCCCAGUGGUUAGUAGAAUGAUUGGCUUUUAAGGUUCAAAAUUGUAAUUUGGUACCUGUGCCCAAGCUUCAGUGUGCCUUUGCCCCUUAGAAAAUAGCUGUAAGGGUUAGUGAUUUGUCAAUUACUGUCUCAUCUCCAAUUAGAGACAGCUCUACUUUUUUGGCUCAAUUUUCUUCCUUGAGAUGUAGUAGUACCUGCCAGCCUAGCCCCCAAUCUGCUCAGCCAGUGUGGACAGAUGCCAUCCUGGACAUGUUUUGGGGACCACAACCUUUUUACUUCUCUGACCAGCCCUGGAUUAAGGCUAUACCAGCACCUUGUGUAUUGAGGGGUUUAUUAUAAAGCCAAUUUGUUUUACAGUCUUCUAAUGUAAUUAAUCACUGAAAGUACCAAGAGAGACCCAGUUGGCAUAUUUCUCAUCUUGUCAGGCCCUGAUAUACCUAGGCUUAGUGGCCUCAUGGGAAGAUAUAAACACUCAAAAUUCCCCAGGAGCACCAGAAACCUGUCUGGUGUUAACCAGAAGUGUUAACCCUUCCUCUGACUGACUUGCCCACCUACUUCCCAUCUGUUUUCUUAGUGCUUGCACGGUCUUCUCUUCUUUCUUUUCUGUAUGUGUUCCAUUCCACUGUUUUUACUCGCCUCCCACCUGUUUUGGUAGCAGUGAUGGAUUUUUACUUAAGGCACAUCUGUGGCAUAGCUUCCCGUUUGCUAAAUUCUCUUCAUUGUCACGGAUUUCUAACAUGAAUUUCCUGGGUACUAAUUUCACAUUUUUUGUCAAACGGAAUCUCCAUCGCUCCUAUACCUUUGGGCCGAAUGGGCCCUAGUUGCUAAAUAAGGAGGAUUCCUACUUCUAGAAAGGAUGGAGCCCUGAAAGCAGUGGGCUGGGGGUGUGGGCAGAGGGUCCACCUAGAGUGCAGACCUGGCUUUAACUUCAGGGAAGCACGGUUUAGGUUUCGAGCACAGGGCUCCUGGCAGCCCGUCAGAUGGAUUUUUAGGCUGCACAGACCUGACUCUCCUGUGCCCUGGGCACUUGAGGAUCACACGAGCACACUGGAGAGAGAUGUGCAAGGACCAGAAGAACUUUUUGAACUUGAACUCGGAGGCACAAAACCCAUGCCCCAACCCUGCAUUGACUGGUAUGACAUCUUUCUGUAGUGUACACAGGUGUAUUUCAGCACUUAUAGUGACUGUUGGCCUUGGUGAAUCAUGCUACAGCUUCAGAGUCAGUUUUUCGUACUUUGGAAUAAAAAACGUGGAGGUGGUUUGUGGCUCUUUGUCACCUGGAGUUAGGAACAGUAGCCAGUGUGUCUGGAAACCCAGAGGCACUGAAGUUACGUGUCAUCAUGUGACUCCCUUUCCUCACACCUUCCCUUUCAGUGCUCUUCCAGAAACACACCUUAACCUUACUGGUACAACUGCCUCUAGACUGCCUCUACAUCUGGGAGUGUUAGAAGGUCCCAGACCAAGGAAGGAGCGCCCUCUAGUGGACUCAGGGGUAAGAGAAUGAAUUUGUAGGUGGAGUUGGUCUGAGAAACUCCAGUAGGUAGACCUUAUGCAGGGGUCCGGUGUGUCUAUUGUAGCUUAAACAGGUGGGUCGUCGAGAGGAACUUGGGAUGUCUUUAUUGCACAGACGUUUACUCCAGGUAUGACCAGAUUAAGAAAAGCCAAACUCGAAAGUAGAUUCUUGAUAGAAGGCUUUGCUGAUGGGUUUUGUCCUAAGUCACUUGCCCUAAUAAAUUUAAAUAGGUUUGAUUUGCAA